AUGUCGCCGCGUUUAGCACUCCAGUCGCCCCUAUGGGGGUCCUUGAUCACCCCAGUCUCUACCCGGUCAUUCGGUAUUCGAUCACUCACACCCCCAAAACCCAGCCGUUACAAUGCCGGCCCCGGUCUGCCAGUUCUUGAAUCGACUCCCGAAGCCGCUCUUCGUCGCAAGGCCAAUUCAUUGCCCCUCCGCUCCGGUGCCAUUACAACUAAGAAGGGCAUGACCGCUAUUUUCGACCCUGAGACCGGAAAGCGUAUCCCCUGUACCGUUCUGCAGUUGGAUCGUGUCGAAGUUCUCUCGCACAAGACCGUUGCGAAGCACGGAUAUUGGGCUGUGCAGGUUGGUGCCGGCUGGAAGCACCCUAGAAAUGUCACCAAGGCGCUCUUGGGCCACUUCUCCGUCAACGGCUUGUCGCCCAAGCGUCACAUUUACGAAUUCCGCGUCAAGGAUGAGGCGGGUCUCUUGCCCGUUGGUGAGAGCAUUGAGGCCGGUUGGUUCCAGGAGGGACAAUACGUCGAUACCCGCUCCAACACUAAGGGUAAAGGUUUUGCUGGUGUGAUGAAGAGACACGGAUUCGGUGGUCAGGACCGUAGUCACGGUGUCAGUUUAACGCAUCGUUCUAUGGGUUCCUCCGGCCCCGGUCAGGGUGGUGGUUCUCGUGUGUACCCCGGAAAGAAGAUGGCUGGAAACAUGGGCAACGUCCAGAACACUGUGCAGAACUUGAAGAUUCUCAAGGUCGACUCGGCCAACGGUAUCGUGGUUGUCAGCGGUGCCAUCAGUGGUCCCAAGGGUUGCACUGUGAGAAUCCAAGACGCCAUCAAGAAGCCUUGGCCCGAAGUGCCAGUCAAGGCCGUGGCUGAAGCGGAGGCCACUCCCGCAGCUGCUUGA